CGCCGAAUUAAUUCAAUUUUCCGCUCGCCGAUGACACUUUCGAGUCGGCACUCGAAACAGAAAGACAUUAUAAGGGAAAUUUGAACCUCGGUUUCCAUCGUGGUUUUUAGCAACGAGCAAGAGAGAAAAGGCACACGAGAUCGGGUCCAGCUGACGCACUGGACGCAAGUAUCAUUGACAUUGCUGAAAAAGUUUCCUCUUUCCCCCUUUUUUGUCGAAUAGACCCGCAAGUUUCAGGGCACAAGACGAUAGACCGAUAAAUUACAGACUCGACGGUAUACAAACGUAAUAACGUACAAACCAUGGGCGCUUUUCAUAGUAUCAUCGACCGCAAUGUCAACACCAACGUCAGGAAACCUACAGGUACCAAUCGUUUAAAUUGCAAGAUUGCAGAACGUGCAUCAACCUCAUUGCAAAACAUCGAUGUUGGUUCUGAUGAAAGCAAAACACAAGAUUCGAGUUUGUGUGUUCCCACAACUCAUAAAAGAGGAAGACGAAGCUCUAAAAAUAUCAAAGAAGAAGAGAGUGGGAACGAACUACUUGUUUCGGAAAAUAGUGAACAAAAGCAAAAUCAACCAGCAAUGUCUAACACAAUAAGUAAUAUGAAAAUGACAAAUCCUAUUAAGGGAUUGGUCAGUAAACAAAGGAAACGCUUUACAGCAGAUGGCUUUGAUCUUGAUCUCACUUACAUAAAGAAUAAUUUAAUUGCCAUGGGCUAUCCAGCUGAAAAAUUGGAAGGUGUUUACAGAAAUCAUAUAGAUGACGUUGUAAAAUUCUUGGAAGCCAAACAUCCGGAUCAUUACAAAAUUUACAAUUUAUGUUCAGAAAGAUCUUAUGAUGUUAGAAAAUUUAAACAAAGAGUUGCAACAUAUGCAUUUGAUGAUCAUAAUCCACCUGCACUGGAUUUAAUUCAGCCUUUCUGUGAAGAUGUGCACUCGUGGCUCACUGAGCAUGAAAAUAAUGUAGCAGCAGUACAUUGUAAAGCUGGCAAAGGUAGAACUGGAGUAAUGAUUUCUUGCUACCUUCUUUACAGUAAACAAUGUUUGACAGCCACAGAUGCUCUUAGUUAUUACGGUACAGAAAGAACACAUGACAAGAAAGGGGUAACAAUACCAUCUCAGAGAAGGUAUGUUAACUACUUCUCCAGCCUUGUCAAAGACAAUUUUCCUUAUAAACCUGUACCCUUAUUGUUUCGAAAAGUUAUAUUAACUUCUGCACCUGCAUUUAAUGGAGGCCAGGGUUAUAAAUUUGUGAUAACUGAAAACAAGAGAAAAAUAUAUCAUUCACCUUUGUAUGAUGCACCAAAAAACUCUGACACACUUUGUUUUACACUACCAAGCAGUGUGUCUGUCAAAGGCGAUUUAAAGGUAGACAUGUAUUAUGUGCCUAAAAUGAAGCGAAAGGAAAAAAUAUUCCACUUCUGGUUCAAUACAUUUUUUGUUACUGAAGAAUAUAAGGCAGAAAAUGGAAGCGAAUGUGAUAGCUUUGAACCAACAGAAAGAACCACCAGAGCACAAAGCUGUGAUGCUAGUUCAAUGUCAAUGGUUCAUCCAAGGCCUAGAACUGGUUCAUUGGCAAGUUUAGGCUCUAACCCACAUAGUCUUGUUCUUGCCAUUGACAAGUGGAAUUUAGACAAGGCACACAAAGACAAAACCAAUAAAAUAUUCCCACAUAACUUCCAAGUAAAAGUGGUGUUGGAUCGAGUAGUUGUCAGAAAUGGAACUACUAAUAUGACAGAAACUGAUCUGGGUCAGAAUGUGGGGGAAAAUCAAGACAGUGAAUCUAGCGAAGCUGACAGUAGCGAAUGUGAAACAACUGGUGACGAGGAUGGUUGGGAAUCGGUUCAACAAAUUUUGCGUAUCCCAAGAGGAAGGUUACCCAAAUUCACAGUCAUGGGUUUGCGUUGAGACAGAAGAGGAUCAGCUUCGUGCGUUUUUCGUGUAAAAUUAAUUAUGAUUAUAUAUUUUAUUGAUUGUGCGCUUAGAAAUGUAACAUUAAUCGAGAGCGUGAAAGAAUGUAUUAUAGAUAACAAACUAUUUUCGUAUUAUGCUCUAUAUAUAUGCGGAGAACGUCGUAAGAGAAAAGAAAAAUGUAAAAGUCAAUAUAAUGUAACUAUCCAAAUGUAGAUUUUAAACUUGUGAUGGUAUGCAUGAUAGAUUACAAUAACUGUUACGUUCUAAGACAUAGUUUGCAGAACGUCAAUGUGACUUAAUGAAGAGUAGUAUGAGUGUUUUAAAUAAGAGAAUCAACCCUGUGAUUUAUGCAACUCACACAUUUUCAAGCCUUUUUGAGUAAAUUCAUGCAGUGCAAAAUCAUAUUGGAUGGAAAACUUACGAAAUUCUAGUCACGUAUUUCAAUUUUUUUUUUGUUUUCAAAAAUUAUAUUUUAGAGAACGAAGUCGAUGGAUCACUGUUAUGAACAGUGAUCAUCUUCGCCCUCAAAUGAUUAAAAUGAUCUCUUUAUAAAAACAUAAGUAAUGUAAUUCAACAGUAAAAUCAUAAAAAUAUUACUUGUGUGCGUCGAAAACAUUCCAUCUUGUCCUACCAUGUAAAUGUAUAUAUUUUUAUUAAAGGCGUCGAAAAUGCGGGAAAACUAAAAACGAGCUUGUACGGGAUGAUAACUAAUGUUAACUUUAUUUUACAAUUUAAAGAUGUAAAUUCUAAUCGUGUAGAUCUUAAAAGAGCUGAGUAGUUUUUAUUGUUGAAGCGCCGAUUUUUAAUUUUCAAUCGAUUUUUAACCACAUUUCCAUAUCUAAAAUUAAAAUUUGAUGAUAUUUUUAGAUGUAAACGAUCAUAAAACCUAGUAAAAUUUUUAAUUAAUUGUGUAAUAACGACGUGCUCCUAUGAAUUGUUUUGGGACAGUUAGAUUAGAAAUUAAUUAACUCGUCCUAUUUCUAGGUUUUCAUUGGGAACUUUUAAAUACGCUCAAUUUUGAUAAAAAAAAUAUCAUGACAUGUACUUCAUCUUGUACAUGAAUUAAAACGAAAAUAAUUUUAAAUAACACUAUAGUGUCCCUUAAUUUACUAAAAUUAUUAUUUUUUGCCUUCCUCCCUCCUUUCAGAUUGCUUCAAUGGGCCAAAAAAUAUUGUUGGAUGACUAUUAAAAAUUCUUACUUAAGGUUUUUUGGAAACUUUUUACUUAUUGAUCCAAAAAUUUAUCAGAAAAAUUCUGCAAAAAUUCAAGCUUAUUCUUUAAUCAAUUUUAAACAAUUUUUCUUUAUUUUAAACAAUUUAAUUUAUUAAUUUAAUUAAUUUUAAACAAUUGAAACUUUAUUUCUUCAUAUGCUUACUCUGCGAUUUCUAAAAUCACAAGGUCUGUAAAUGAUUUAAAUCAUAGAAAUGGGAGCACUUGUCAAAAAAGUUAAUAAUUUAAAAAAUGUUUAAAAUUAAUGUAUGAAUUUUUCCGAAUUUUCCUGAUACAUUUUUUUGAAAAAUUAAUUUAUUCAGAGCGUUCAGAAAACCUUAAAAAAGAAUUUUUUAAUAAUUAUCUGGUGACAUUAUAUGACAGGUUGAAGCAAUAUUAAUAAGGGGAAAGCAAUAAAAAAUGAAAGUAAAUUAAGGAACAUUCGAGUGAACACAGUUUAUACUGAAUUCAUAAUAAUACGAAUUAUAAAAUCUUCAAUCAAAAAAACUGAUAUUCAGGCUAAAUAAAUAUAAAGUAUAAAGACAAAAGGAAUUAGAAUUAUUUGUUGAGCAUUCGAGAAAAUUUCUUGUACAACUGCCCUCGGCUUGAAAUUAAUCAAUUGAUUAUUCGAGUAUACAUUUAAUGAAACAUAUUUAUUCAAACUCUGAACAAUUGUGGUUUGUCAUUUAUAUCAAUAUUAAGUCCUGAGAUUUAUAGUAAAUGUAAUUAUAAAAAUUCAUAUACGAGAAAUAUUUAGUGAAAAAUCUGAAAAUCCUUCUAUUUAAUCUCAGUUUUUAAAAAAAUACGUUUUUUACAAAUACUCGCCGUUACUUUCUUUAUUUAAUUUUCAAAUUGCAUCAAUGAUAUACCACCGACCUAGUAAACGUAAACACUACAAAUUAUAUUUGGUAAUUUUUUCUCGUUUAUACGCUGGGCGAAUCGUUUAAAAAAAAUGUAAAUUUCCGUACAAAUUUAGUUGAUAUUAAUAUCAAUCGGGUCUUGGUAUAAACGCGAGAAAUGGAUGAACGAAAGAAAGGAUACUUUUUAAUAAAUGUAGGAGCUUAUUCUUUGUACGAAACUGUCUGUGUUUCUGUCUCUUUGUAAAUAAAUAAAGUAGAGAAGUGCGUUACAUAAUUAUUUGCUGAUACAAUAGUAUAUUUUUAUUUGUACGUCUUGGAUACUAGUGCGACAAGCUGUAUUGCAAAUAACAAAUUAGUAAAAAAUAAUAAGAUUGAUAAUUUAGAAAAGAAAAUGUAUGUAAUGUAUAUUUAAAUACCAUAUGAAUAUAUAUAUAUUUUAAGGUACAUAUAAUAAAUAGCGAAGAUCCGCGAGGGCGUGAAAGAUUUUUUUAUGCCUGUGUACGCAUAAUGUUGAUUUUUAACACGUUUUGCAGUUAUUUUAGCAUAAUUGUAAAAUCUCAAUUUUUGCCCGUAACGAACAACCAGCAAACUUUUUGAUGUGAAACAUCUAUAUUCGCGUUUGGUAUCAGGGGUAAUUCAUUUCUCUCUGUGUAUUAUACCUGCGAUAUUACCUAAAAAUAAAUGAUUUAAUUUGUUAUCGAGCGACAGCAUCUUUUGACGACAACGACCAUUGCGUUGUUUCAUGUAAUUUAUUUUGAAUAUUAAGAAAUAAAACGAAUGACAAAUGUUGGCAACAA